GACGUUUCUCAAUGUUCAACAUCAGAAUGCAAUCCGCUCAAUUCCCUGUACGACGUCGGACAAUUCACAUAAAAGGAGGGACCACAGGCUCAAUGCAAUAUGACCCCUAAUAGUAUCAGAGAUGACGGAGAUCAUCUUCUUUCCGAUGAUACGAUAUCUCACACGAGCAUUGGAAAAAGAUCUCGUGACCAAAUGGAGCGACCACACAAGAUACCAAACUCUAUCAAGUCAUGUAAUGAAUGUAGGCAGCAGAAACUUGGAUGUAAUGUUGAAAAGGACCCCUUCAAGCCUUGUUGCAGAUGUACCCGUCUUGGUAUCGAAUGCAAAUUAGACUCUGAUUUCAAAAGAGUGGCAAAAAGACACAAACAUGCGGAAAUGCAGAAGGAAAUAGAGGAGCUAAAAGAAUUGGUCGCAAAACAAGCAGCACUACUUGCUGUAGCAAACUCCCCUGAUAAUUUUGGAAAGGAGAACAACGCGUCGUCUUCUACAGACUCGAAACCAAAAGAUCAAAGGAUUGAUGAUAUUUUAGUAUCCGGUGAACAACUUGCUUUUCUGUUCGAUCAGUACUUUUCGCGAUAUCACCAUAUAUGUCCCAUUCUUGAUCCUAGUCAAACAUGUGAUCAGACCUUUGCUCAAGACCCAGUACUUGGAUGGGGAAUUGUCCUUGUAUCAGCUAGACGUUACCCCCAAGAUCCUACCUUGGUACUCAACUUGUCGAAAGCAUACAUGAAAUCUUUGUGGAACUCUAUAUCUGAUAUGCCUCAAAGAUCAUCAUCUAUAAAAGCUCUGGCAUUAUUAUGUACUUGGCCUGUACCUUUGAUACGAGGUUUCACCAAAAGUAGAAAUGAUAAAGCUUCAGCUACUAUGGGACUGAGUGAAUUAGAUCCGACCUGGAUGUUGAGUGGAAUCAUGAUGCAAAUUUCUCUCCAAACUGGAAUGCAUCGACCCCGUCAUGCACAAGAUUUUCUUAAGCAGACAAGAGAUGUCUCGGACGCUGAAUUGAGUGAUAGGAAAUUGACAUGGGCGUUAUGUAACAUUGUCUCCCAGAGUGUUUCGACUGCAAAUGGCCAACCUACAAUAACCAUCUAUGAUUGGGGACUAGGAGAUGGCCUUGAACAAGAUUCCGAAAUUCUUCCACCAGGCAUUAAACAACGGUUAAAAAUUGAGAAAUUUUGUCAGAAAGUCUCGAAAACAUUAUAUGGAAAUAGCUCUGAGAUGACAGGAGUCUUAUCUAACAUCGAUGAACAAAUUUCAGUAACUAAUAUGCUCGAACAUCAAUACCAACAAUUAGAGUCCGAGAGUGUUACGUUCUCAUCACUUAAUAAGCUAUAUUUACUUGCCGCUCGACUUCAUUUGCACACCUUUGCUUUUUAUGUCCCCGAAUUCUCACCAAACCACUUAACCGCCAUUUCUUCGGCAUACAAUUCUGCCACAAGAUUUAUUCAAGCACUUCUGGACUACGAUCUUCAUUCCGAAGCAAUCCUUCCUUAUUGCUCGUAUUACAUCCUCAAAAAUCUGAUAUGCGCAUCGUGUGUUCUCCUAAAGAUAUUAAACACCACAUAUGCCAUGCAAUUCGAUAGUACGCAAGGGAGAUCCCUCUUCAAUGCCGCGAUCUUGGCGUUGAGAUCUACAAGCUUAGCUACAAAUGACUUUUCGGAUCGCAUCGCUGAGGCACUGGCCAGAAUGUGGAGGAGUGCUGGGUCAGGGGAUUUGAACCGAAGGCGCGAGGACUUUUCCCCUAUAGAUAUAAAAAUUCAAUCUAGAAUGUCUAUAAGCCAUGUUCAUGAUUGCUUUCUACGUUGGAGAAAAACAAUUAAUCCCCCAGCGACUGUAAAAACUAUCCCAGAUACCAAUAGCAAUGGCCCCAUGAAUAGUUCCGAUACCUCAUACAACAAUAUGAAUGGUGAUGUUAUGCAACAAGAUCAAAACGCCACUGCAACCUAUUUCCAGCCUGGAUCUUUAGAAGAAGCGAUGAAUUUUCCACCUAUGAUUGCGGAUUUUGAUUUGCUGAAUUCACUGGAUUGGAAUUUCGAUGAGAAUUUACUUGCCACUUGGACAUGAGUGAGUACGCUCGCCGUGUGAUGGCGUAUCUAUACAAAAAUCACUCUUGGGACUCUCCACUGCGAUGAAGAUGCAGGUGUCAGCUUCCGAGUCAAUUCGAAGAGCUGUAGGAACUGGUUCCGGCUUCAUGUUUAGGAUAAGAUGAGUGCAUGGGGAGGCCGAGGACUUUGAUAGCUCAAGGGUUAUCAUCUAAUAUAUGGGAAGAUAAGGAGUGAACGAAUGGAGGUGGCAUCAUGGAAUAAUCUCCAAGAACUUCUACUAUUACCUGUCCGGACUUUAAAUUUAUAUCCACAAAAGUCGCGGAUUCAAGACACCGCGAAGUACGAGCCGAGAAAUUGCUCCAUUGUUAUCAUUUGAUUGGCAGUCACAUAUUCAAAAAUUCAAACAAAUAUAAUCA